AAUAUUCAGGAACGUAUGCAUGGUGGCAUCAGAAUCAAAUUUAGCGUCGACACGACUCUGGUGAUGAACCUCAGUUAUUUGCCUGCCAAGUGCCAUAGUUACAAUCAUGACAAUCUACACAGGGUCAUGGGAAAAUUCUUGAAAUUGACUGCUCCGUCAGUAGUAUCAUUUCAAGAGGACUUUAUUGUGGAUCUAGGCCUAUUUCUACCUCCAUCAUCAUGUUCAUGUUUGGAGUGACUGAGUGUGUUGUGAUUUGCAGGGCCUCAGUAUUAUUACUAUGAGAGAAUAGAGGCCUGGACGUUGUAUCACGAAGUCCCUUGCGGUAAGCAUGGGUUCUACUGGUAAGGAACACCGUUACCUUGAGAAACCUUGACCUUGCGAAAAAAUUUAGUGGCACGAAAUGCAGGUGGUUGGACCAGCUUUGCUGUGAUGUUUAGCCUGACUUCAGCAACUUUCAUCUGAUUAAAACACCUGACAGUUCCAUGCUGACAGUUCUGUGCUUUGUGGAUUGAACUUCUACUUGAAUCUGUCUCUGGUUUGAGCAGAAAGUGAAACUAAUCAGCCAUUUUAGUGAAUGAAUGGUCAUCCAUUCAUGUGGAUUGUGCCAUUACAGCUGAGAGCUAACUUGACUUGAUAGUCAAGUUCCACUUCACUUUGUAAUUGUCUCAACUUACCGGUACACGUUUGGUCCACCCCAAUUCGCAGAAGCCAUUUGUGAGUUAAGAAACGUUAUGGGCUGUGCACCAAGUAUAACUGUAUCUCAAAGUGGUGUGGUAUACUGCAGAGACUCUGAUGAAUCAAAUUCUCCAAAACCUUCAUUCAGUCAACAGCAGAUUGUGCAUAUAAGAACAGGUAAUGCACCUGAAUUAUCGGAUACAGGAAUUUCAACAACCGGCACAGCAGUCACUGUUUACAACAAGAAAGAGCGAAGAGGAACAAUAAGUAUUGAAGCAGAGACACAGACCAGUAAAUCAACUGUAAGCAUGAAGGGUACGACGAAUGAGGUGACCUUUGGACCUAUGAAGGUGUGUCAACGAACAAUGCAGGUAUUACUAGUUUUUUCCAAAGAAGAUGCACUGAGUGAUAGCUUCUGGUGGGCAGCAGAUAAGGGUGGUUAUAAAUGCAAUAUUGUACGCAAUCCCACUGAUGCAUUGGAGUGCUUUGUAGAGAAACAACAUGAUGUCAUCAUCAUUGAUCACAGAAAUUCCAAAAAUUUUGAUGCAGUAGCAUUGUGCAGGUCAGUCAGAGCAACAAAAUUUAGUGACCACAUUGUCCUUGUAGCUGUAACAAGAAAAAGUUCUGCAGAUAGAGAUGAGUCAUCUGUCAUACCUCUUCUUAAUGCUGGGUUUAAUCGUCGCAUUAUUGAAAACUCCAAUGCUGCAGCCUGCCUGAAUGAGCUUGUACAACUGGAGUGUGUAGAUGUACGGUCACAACUUAAACUCAGGGCAGCCAAUGCAUUGUUUGAGGCUCUUGAUGCAUGCACAGACUCGGUUGAAAUCACCAGUGAGAAUCAUGUUGUCCAGUAUGUCAACUCUGCAUAUGAACAACUAACAGGAUACUCUGGUGAAGAGAUACUUGAUCGAGAAGUAGAUGACAUUCAUCGUGACAAAAAUAAAGCAGAGCAGAUGGACUCCAUCUAUUCUCAACUGAAAAAGACAAAGCCUUGGGAGGGAUUGCUGUUUUCCAAGAAAAAGAAUGGGGAGAGUGUGCCUCAGUUUGUACAUAUCAGUCCCAUCAUUGGACAGGGAGGGAGAGUGCGCCAUCAUGUAUUCAACAUCAAGAAUCCUGUAGGUAUGAUUAGCCAGAGCAUGUUUAGUCAAGAACUUCAGCAUAUUGACAAAAUCACUUCAGACUUCUCAAAUGGCACAUCUGUACGACGCCACUCCAUGGCAAGAAUACACUCAAUGACGAUAGAGGCACCGAUCACUAAGGUUAUAAACAUUAUCAAUGCUGCUCAGGAGAAUAGCCCUGGAACAGUGGUUCAGGCUUUGGAUCGUGUCUUGGAAAUUUUAAGAUCAUCAGAAUUGUAUAAUCCUCAGCUGUCAGCACAGCAUGUGAAAGAAGAAGACCAGAUGACCACGGACCUUGUGGGUGGGCUGAUGACACAUGGGGGGUAUAGUGCCAGGAGAAGGAUGUCUGGAUCUGAAAUUGCUUUGUCAAAAACUACCAGUUCAUCACGUCAUUCUCCCAGUAGUCCAUCAUCACAUAUGACUCAGGUUCCAGUAGAAAUUCAGAAGAUCCUAGAACGGGAUCCAGCGUGGGAUUUCAAUAUUUUGGAUCUAGAAAGAAUAACCCUCAACAGGCCUCUAAUCUACCUUGGCUUGAAGGUCUUCAACCGUUUCAAAGUUGGAAGUUUCCUUGGAAUCUCAGAGACAGUACUGCGCAACUGGCUACAAGUCAUUGAGGCCAACUAUCAUAGUUCCAAUCCAUACCACAACUCAACACAUGCUGCAGAUGUCAUGCAGGCCACUGCUUACUUUAUUGGGAAGGAAAAACUAAAAACUUGUUUUGAGCCAGCUGAUGAAGUAGCUUCAUUAAUCGCAGCAACAGUACAUGAUAUUGAUCAUCCUGGAAGGACCAACUCAUUUCUUUGCAAUGCUGCCAGUGAUCUUGCUAUACUCUACAAUGACAUUGCUGUCUUGGAGAGCCAUCACGCCGCACUAGCAUUCCAACUCACCACAAGGGAAGAUAGAUGUAAUAUCUUCAAGGAGUUAGAUAGGGAAGAUUAUCGUGCUAUGAGGCAUACAAUCGUUGACAUGAUUCUGGCUACAGAAAUGACAAAGCACUUUGAACACCUGUCAAAGUUUGUCAACUGUAUCAACAAGCCAGUAUUGAGAGAUGGUGAAGAUACGCUAUCAAUGCAAAGUACUGGCAGAAGUACUCCAGAUUCAUCAAGUUUUGCAAACCCUGAGAAUCGUGCAUUAAUACGCCGAAUGCUGAUAAAGUGUGCUGACGUGUCCAACCCAACAAGGCCUCUUGACAUGUGCAUGCUGUGGGCUCGUCGUAUAUCAGAAGAGUACUUUGCACAGACCGAUGAAGAGAAGAAACGAGGUUUGCCAGUAGUAAUGCCAGUCUUUGAUCGGAUGACAUGCAGUAUUCCAAAGUCACAGAUAUCCUUCACUGAAUAUUUCAUCAUGGACAUGUUUGAUGCAUGGGAUGCAUUUAUUGACUGUCCAGAAGUAAUGGAGAACCUUCGUUAUAACUAUAAAUACUGGACUACUGAGGAGGAGAAGGAACGGAUGCUAAAAGAAGAAAGGGAUUAAGACAAGUACACAUUGCAUUACGAAAACAAUUAUAGAAAGAACAUCCUGAAUGGUUGCUUACUUGUUGUCAAUGUCAGGAUUCAGGAAACAAUGGAAUGCCUGAAAUAUGUGACCAAAAAAUAUUGAAAUGAACAAUAUGCAGGAAAGCCAUUUUCGAUCGUAUUGCCUAAAUGUAUCAUAUUCAAUAUAGGCUGUGAAAUGGGGGUUGUCCCUGACUAUUUUGGAUCCCAAACCUCACUUCAUUAUUGUUAAAUGUGGCUCGAAACAUUUAGAUACAAAUGUCACUAAAACAUGUUUGAAAUUAUUCUAAAUGAAAACUGAAAUUAAUUUGUAAUGUUUCAUUUUGUUGCAGUUAUUUUACCCUCACGUUCCAAAAAGUAAAGUUAACUGUCACUGAUGGAGGAAGGUCUACUGGGGGUGCAGUGGAUAUAAGCGUUGUAAUUUCCAGUUAAUGGUUACUGACAAAACGUUUAACUUUUAGGUGACUAAAACUUCUGGCCAUGUAUUACCUCAACAUGAUAUUAGUGUUUCCUUCUUUGAAAGUGUUGGUAUUUUCUCCAGCUUUUAUUAAGCGUAUUUUAAUUUUGAAAUAGUGUGCUAUAUAUGCAUAACACUGAAAUGUACCGGUAAAGCCAUCACAUAAUGUUUUUAGUAAUAUAAAUUUAUUUAUCUAUCACAUUCCUAAAGCUUUCAGUAGAAAUCAGUAAAUGCCGUUGCAACUUAUAGUAUUCAUGUUUUCGUUUCUUCUUAACAAUCCUAAAAUUAAAUGUCCUUGAGCUUUUUGAGUUAGACUAUUUAAAACAAGGAUUUGCGCAUUAAUAUUUCGUGUACUUACAGAAUUGGAAGAAAUCUAGAAAAAUGCAUCCUAUCCCAAAAUUGCAAGGUUGCAAGCUGUGCAUUGUUAAAACCUGUGAUUCAUGUUCUAUGCAGAUAUGUCCCCCUAAAAAGAGGAAGGCACAUAAGAAAAUAAGUUGGUCCAUUAAAUGGCCCAAGUUGUGAGACCCAUUUGUCAUUUUGGUGCUCAGUUAAAAUUAAUACACUACUCGAAAAAAGUUGACCACCUUUUUCUUAACUUGUAAUUUUUUUCCAAGUAUUGAGUGGGAUCCGGUUGUUUCAUUUUUUGUUUGUCUAGAUGGUGUUCUCAUUAGAACAAAUGUGUUUUUUAACAGUAAAAUGUCUCGUAUAAAAAGUAUAUACAAAAUAAGUGGUCCUUAACUUUUUGAGUCGUAUAUUUGGAUUAAAUUUGACUAUUUUGAGUUAAGACGUAUCGCAUAACUUCCCUGAUGUACUAUUGAAAGUCUUGCAUUUGUGAAAUUAAAGGUUCCAAGCCACAAAAUAUACUUACUUUUAAAUGUUUUUAAAGUAAAAACCCAAAACUAGAGGAACCUGUGUUAGUAUUUGGUACUAUCUUGUAUUCCUCUGAUAGUUGUUAUUCUGUACUCCUCCCACCAUACUAGACUACCUGUUCAUUUGCCUGUUUCCCUAGUCCACUAUGCCAUUUGCUAAAUUCGCAAUCAGCAAUGCGCCCUCAGCUCCCAUUAUGCCCAGAGUGGUGGCCACUAUGUUCUUCCUCGUUUUCUUAGCGCCAUUACGAGCAGACGUGUAUUGUUCAAAUCCCGAGAUAUUUCCAAGUUUUUGUUUGCUAAUUCUACGUUCUGUUUUAUUUCAACAGUUACUACCUAAUAUCUUUUGUAGAUUAUACAGCUUAUCGUAAGACUGUCCCGUUUUAGGGUCACAGUUUAAUGCCUUUCGUUUCGGACGUGUUUAUGUCGGGCAUUUGUCUGUACUCCUAAUAAAGCUUGUGUCUUGAGGUCUCUUCGUGUCUCUAUGGCCUCUAUACUGCAUUUUAUGAGUCUUUUCGUUUCACCCUCCUUAUGGUUCGAUUUGCCUAGUGUGCAUGAUGAAAUAAAGAUGGUGUUUUUACCCCUCACGGC